AUGGCGGGCAAAGUGUUUUUUCGCAAAUCAACCAUUUGCAAGCUCCUCUUCAUGAUAUCAACGCUCGUUGCCAACGCCAAAGCCGAGGAUGCACUGGCAAAGUUUGGCGAUGUGAUCCCCGUUCUGGGGCAGAUGGCACGAACCGACCAGGACUUUGUCGACGGGCUGGCUCUGGACCUGUUCUCCCCGAGAAACCGCACCCUGGUCGUGACCAACAAUUCCUCCCCCCUGCCCGGGACCUUUGUCACCGGUACCACGGGCGAGGGCUUUGUCAACCUGUCCAAAUAUAGCUGGGUCGUCAAGCUCAACGAGACGGCCGAAGACCUCAUCGCCAAGAUUGAGCUGCCCUACGACCCGGUCGCGCUCGCCGGCCAAAGCGUCCAAGUGGCCAACACGUAUGUCGGGAAGCUGGCCAAGGACAAGAAGUCGACGGAGAACAAAACCCGCAUCAUCAAGAUGACGUCGCUGGACGGGGAGUACAUGCUUCUCGGCCGAAAGUCGGAAGACACUUCAAAUAUAUUCGUGCAGUACGGCCAAGGCGCCACUAGGACGGUGAAUAUCACCGGGGGUGCGGAAAAGAUUCAAGAAGCCGAGUUUGUCGACGGGCUGCGGUUCAGGGUUCAAUCGGCGAAGUCAUUUGCCCUCAAUGCCGAUAUACCAUUUGGCGUGAAUGAUAAGGCCAUGCCAGAACAUGCCGUACCACUAAUCAACAGGGAGAUGGUUGAGGAAAAGACCCGCGGGCAAGAGGAAGGGCACCUCAAUCUGCUCGUCGCAAGGAGAGACUUGAAGGCUCCGGCAACGGCCGCCUUCGAACCUCUCAAGAAGCAGGAAUACAGCAAGGCAAAGCGGCUAGUUGAGGUUAGAGGCAUGACCGCCGUGGAUGGACAGUACGUUCUUCUAGUGUCGAAGAAGAAGUACCUUGAAGCCUCUUGUGGCCAGGGGGGCAAUGCGCAAUCGUGUCCAGGCAGGAAUAGUACAUCGGCUUCUGCUGGUGCAGCUAGUCAGGCGAGAGAGUCUGAAUUAGAUGGCGCCCAGGUCACUUCACGGCCAGCAAUGGUGGUAUCUGUUGCGUCGCUGAGCACAGCAUGGGGCAUGAACUUGGUGGUGUCGUGCGUGUUCUCGAUGGGGGUUUCGUUGGUAGUUUUUAUGUUGUAA